AUGGCUCGUAUUGUAGCAGCUGAUGAAUCGCCGCCGUUUUACUCCGCGGAGCUCAACUCCAUCACCUCCGUGUCCGAUUCCACUUUAGGGCAACUUCUGAAGAACGUAAGUGACGUGAGGAAAGUAUCCAUUGGAGACGAGACUCCAGUUCAUGAAUCCUUAAACCGGGAAGACGACUAUGAUCUCGACCGUACUGUUCCUUUCGUUCUCACUUUCGACAAUCUCACUUACAACGUCUCCGUUCGCCGGAAACUCAACUUCCGCGAUCUCAUCCCACGGCGGAAAACAGAGGAUCCCGAGCUAGCUCUAACCGGAAGGCCGAAUACCAAAACACUCCUCAAUAACAUCUCCGGCGAGACUCGAGACGGAGAGAUCAUGGCCGUGCUCGGAGCUAGCGGGUCCGGGAAAUCAACUCUGAUCGAUGCAUUGGCGAAUCGGAUUGCUAAAGGAAGCUUGAAAGGAACGGUGAAGCUAAACGGAGAAACUCUUCAAUCUCGGAUGCUCAAAGUUAUCUCAGCCUACGUGAUGCAAGACGAUCUUCUCUUUCCUAUGCUCACCGUCGAAGAGACUCUGAUGUUCGCUGCUGAUUUCCGUCUCCCGAGGAGUUUACCGAAAUCGAAGAAGAAGCUUCGUGUUCAAGCUUUGAUCGAUCAGUUAGGAAUCAGAAACGCCGCUAAAACGAUUAUCGGCGACGAAGGUCACCGUGGAAUCUCCGGUGGUGAAAGGAGACGUGUUUCGAUCGGGAUCGAUAUAAUCCACGACCCGAUUCUUCUCUUCCUCGACGAGCCUACGUCAGGUUUGGACUCGACGAGCGCGUUCAUGGUGGUGAAAGUGUUGAAGAGGAUUGCGCAGAGUGGCAGUAUCGUAAUUAUGUCGAUUCACCAGCCCAGCCACAGAGUUCUUGGUUUGCUCGACCGGUUAAUCUUCCUCUCUCGUGGCCACACCGUCUACAGCGGAUCUCCGGCGAGUCUUCCGCGUUUCUUCGCCGAGUUCGGGAAUCCGAUUCCGGAGAACGAGAAUCGAACCGAAUUCGCGUUAGAUCUCAUCCGUGAGCUUGAAGUAUCCGCCGGAGGAACGAGAGGAUUAGUCGAAUUCAACAAAAAAUGGCAAGAGAUGAAGAAGGAGAACAACCGUCAACCGCCGCUGACUCCUCCUGCGUCGCCGUACCCGAAUCUAACAUUAAAAGAAGCAAUCGCGGCAAGUAUCAGCAGAGGGAAGCUAGUUUCCGGCGGGGAAUCCGCCGCGAUCCCACACGGCGGAGGAAACGCAACCACCACAACCUUAUCCGUCCCUGCAUUCGCAAAUCCAUUCUGGAUCGAAAUCAAAACUCUCACGAAACGCUCAAUGCUUAACUCUCGAAGACAACCGGAGCAAUUCGGAAUGCGAGUCGCCUCUGUCGUUAUCACCGGAUUCAUAUUAGCCACCGUCUUCUGGCGAUUAGACAAUUCCCCGAAAGGAGUCCAAGAGCGGCUAGGUUUCUUCGCCUUCGCGAUGUCAACAAUGUUCUACACCUGCGCCGAAGCACUUCCCGUAUUCCUCCAGGAACGUUACAUCUUCAUGAGAGAAACCGCUUACAACGCUUACCGGAGAUCCUCCUACGUUCUCUCACACGCUAUCGUCUCCUUCCCGUCGCUCAUCUUCCUCUCUCUCGCCUUCGCAGCGACGACGUUUUGGGCUGUGGGCUUAGACGGAGGCCCAAUGGGUCUACUGUUUUACUGUUUGAUCAUAUUAGCCUCGUUCUGGUCAGGAAGCUCUUUCGUCACGUUUAUAUCAGCAAUUGUUCCAGAUGUGAUGCUCGGUUUCACAAUCGUCGUCGCCAUUUUAGCUUACUUCUUGCUCUUCAGUGGAUUCUUCAUCAACAGGAAUCGAAUCCCAGAUUACUGGAUUUGGUUUCACUACAUCUCUCUGGUGAAAUAUCCAUACGAGGCGGUUCUGCAGAACGAGUUCUCUGAUGCGACCAAGUGUUUCGUGAGAGGAGUUCAGAUUUUUGACAACACGCCGUUGGGGGAGUUACCGGAGGUGAUGAAGCUGAGGCUGCUCGAUACGGUGAGCCGCUCGCUAGGGACGACGAUUUCGAGCUCGACGUGUUUGACCACUGGUGAUGAUAUUCUCAGGCUGCAAGGAGUUACUCAACUGAGCAAAUGGAAUUGCUUGUUUGUCACGGUAGCUUUUGGGUUCUUUUUUAGGAUAUUGUUUUACUUCUGUUUGUUGCUCGGAAGCAAGAACAAGAGAAGGUGA